AUGGUUCUGAAGUUGAAACAAGCAAAUCGCUUAAGCGCGGGCCCCGCAUCUGCGGUUAAAGUGCCCGAAAUUGUGCGCGGGGUCAUCAAUGAUAUUCGAACUGACGGUGACAAGGCCGUACGAACCUACUCGGAGAAGUUCGACAAAUGGAGUCCCGAAAGCUUCAAGCUAUCGCAGCAGGAAAUUCAGCAGAUUAUUGCGACGGUCCCCCAACAGAUUAUCGAUGAUAUCAAGCAAGUCCAAGACAAUGUCCGAACUUUUGCUUUGGCGCAAAAGGCAUCGAUCAAGGAUUUUGAGAUGGAAAUUCGGCCCGGUGUGCAUCUCGGGCAGAAGAACAUUCCGAUUAACUCGGUUGGCGCUUACAUCCCCGGUGGUCGCUACCCCCUCCUGGCCUCGAGCCAUAUGACUAUUCUCACAGCGAAGUGUGCGGGUGUGCCUCAUGUCACGGCAUGCACCCCUCCCAUCGCCGGGAAGAUUCCGGCAAACACGGUUGCAGCAAUGCAUUAUGCCGGAGCGGAUGAGAUCUAUAUCCUGGGAGGCGUCCAGGCCGUUGCAUCCAUGGCCGUCGGCACCGAGACCAUGAAGAAGGUGGACUUUAUUGCGGGACCCGGUAAUGCGUUCGUCGCUGAGGCCAAGCGACAAUUGUUCGGAGAGGAAAUUGGCAUCGACUUGCCCGCUGGACCGACUGAAGUUCUCAUUGUCGCUGACGAACACGCCGAUCCGUUCACUGUUGCCACGGACCUCUUGUCGCAAGCGGAACAUGGCCCCGACACCCCAGCUGUGCUGAUAACCAACUCCCAAAAGGUCGGAGAGAAGACUCUUAGCGAAGUCAAUCGUCUCCUCGAAAUCCUGCCAACAGCGGAUAUUGCUGCUGUGUCCUGGGAUCGCCUGGGCGAGAUCAAUGUGGUCGAAAACCUUGAUGAGGCUUACAAGCUGGCCGAUGAGUAUGCAUCCGAGCAUGUUCAGAUCCUGACACAGAAGCCACGCGAGGCCCUGGAGAAAAUGUCCAACUAUGGCGCCCUUUUCCUUGGCGAGAAGACCUGUGUGUCCUAUGGAGACAAGUGCAUUGGCACUAACCAUGUCCUUCCCACUCGCGGGGCUGCCCGCUAUACCGGUGGAUUGUGGGUUGGAAAGUACCUGAAGACGGUCACUUACCAGGAAGUCACUUCACCUCAAGAAAGCGGUGAGCUUGGUCUUCUAUGUGGACGAGCUGCUCGAGCAGAGAACUUUGAAGGCCAUGCCCGAUCGGGUGAUGUUCGCGCUCAUCGCUAUUUGGGCAAUAAGUUCGAGUGGAUUUAG